AUGUUGCAGCAGCAGCGUACCAAGUUGCCGCUGCUAUUGCUGCUAGCAUAUCCAGGCGCAUUGCAACAAGUAGGCCUAGGAGCAGCUGUGUUGCCAGGCAUACCCAUCAGACGACCACACGAUGAACUUACUACGCGCACAACAAGGCCAAGUCAAGUGGCUGCCGAUGAACCAACAGCGAGCGGCCAAAACGCAGCUGCUGCUGACGAUGCUAAUAGCUUGAUACGUGAACAAUUCAUACAGGGUGUGCUACAAGGAUUGCAAUCAAUGUCUAGCAAUGGCGCCGCAGCCAUUCAACCAGCAGUCCUGGCUGACUUUUUGCAACAGGCAAACGCGUUUACAACCACGCGCGCCCCCCGCAUAACAUCGCCCACCAAUAAAAAAGCUGCUUUAUUGGCUGAUCCUGAUCCUGACUAUGACUAUAUAGACUUUAAAAGUGGCGCUCGCAUACAAUACGAUCUGCUUGGCGAUCAACCGCAGUCGCCUAACGUAACUCAGUAUCCGAAUAAAAAACUGCAACCACUUGUAAAUUAA